UUAAUAAGCUUUUUUAAUUAAUAAAUGAUUGCAUUAAAAAAGUAAUUUAUUUUUAAAACGUAACCUAACAUUAAUGACACCUGUCAAAAAUAAAUAUUAAAAUUGUGCCUAUUUUAAUCUGAUAAAUAAUAAUUAACCUUGGUUAUUAUUGUUAUUAUGUGGUGCUUAUCGUAAUAAUCAUCUUUAUAUUCAUCCUGUUUGUGCCAUCAAGUAAAUAACGAUUAUUUGUGCCUUAAUCGGAAAUGAGUAAUUUUUAUUAUAAACCAUCUCCUAAUAACAUUUCGAAUCAUUUUUGCUUGGUAACUUCAACAUGAUGGAUAAAGCUUUAUUCUCGUUGGUUAUUCUUGUAAUAAUCUUCCAAAUUUGUCUCUCUAAAAGCAUUUCGGAGGAAAAUCAUCAUUUAAGGAUCGAAAGGGAUGCGCAAGAUUUCCGUGGAGCAUCUCCCCCAAUUCAGCCACCAAAUGGUGUUGAUGGAGUCAUUGGAAUCGCUUGGGAGGUUAUCCAAAAAAUUCCGGGUGUUGGGCGCAAAUAAAAUAAUCUUAUUUAUUAAGUAAUUAGUUAAUAAUAUUAUUAUUGUAUAAUUAUUAUUAUGAAUGUCACAAUAAAACUUUGUUUCAACUCAAAACAUUCGGUGGUAACUUCACGUCAUUAAAAUGUCAAAAUUAAAGUGAUUUGAAAUGUUAAAAACUUAAACUUUUUUUGGUAUUAUGGCAAAAUUCUUGUAUAAAUAGCAUGGCAGAUUCGGGCAGUGCCCCCGAAUAUGUUAAAUUUAUAAUUGCCUCAACAUCUGGCAUGGGGGCCACAGGAAUAUGUUAUCCCUUGGAUGUAGUAAAAUUUCGGAUGCAAGUGAGCGGAGAAAUGGGAAAAAAAGCCGACCAUACAAAUACCUUACAAUUUUUGAAGUCAAUCUUCAAAAAUGAGGGGUUUUUGGGGUUUUAUGGCGGACUCUCUGCAAGUUUACUCCGACAAGCUACUUAUACAGGAACUCGUUUGGGGGUUUAUCAAUCUUUAUUUGAUUAUUUUUCUUCAAAAGAGGGGCGUCCACCGACGGUUUUUCAGAAAUUAAUAUGCGGUUUCGUUGGUGGAUUAGCUGGUGGAUUCGUGGGGGUCCCCAGCGAUGUUGCAAUGACCCGAAUGGCCGUUGAUGGUCGGUUACCGAAAGAACAACGCAGAAAUUACACCUGGGUAGGCAACGCUCUUAUUAGAAUCUACAAAGAGGAAGGUUUUAAAGCGUUAUUUCGGGGAACCAUUCCCACGAUAACCCGAGCUAUCAUUGUGAAUAUCGCUCAAUUUGUGACGUAUUCGCAAACAAAAAUUUUCCUCGUCUCUUACGAUAUCAAAGCUGAUUCGACGAUCAGUCACAUUUUAUCGAGUGUAGUUUCGACUUGUGUUUGUACGAUGUGGGCUAUGCCCCCGGAUGUUGCGAAAACGAGGCUACAAAACAUGAAAAUAAUCGAUGGAAAACCCGAGUACGCCAAUGCUAUCGACGUUUGGGUGAAAAUGGCUCAUAUGGAAGGAUUUAGCUCCCUUUGGAAGGGUUUUACUCCCAUGCUAAUACGUAGCCUACCAAAAAGCAUGUUAUUGUUUUUAAUUUACGAAAAUCAAUAUCGGUUAUAUCGAAACUAUUUUCGAAAACCAUGAUUUAAAUUUUUAAAUUAAAAACAGUGAUCUGUAUUAUCAACAGAACUUUAAGCGUUUAAUAAUAGAUGGCGUUUUUAUAAA